CUUUUAAGACUUUUGGCGUUGAAGUCCACAAGUCUUAAAAGUGGCAAGUUUGCAGACCCCUGCACUAGGGGGGCAGAGGAGCUGUUUUUAUGAGGCACUAAAUGAUGAUAUCCGAGAAAUUGCGUUUAAUGUUCACACUUUUUCUUAGCGUGCUUGUGUUCAACGGUGAUAUGGAUCGAUAAAUCGUAGACACAGUUCUCUUGCAGCUCAACUUUUUCUUUUUUGAGACACCAGAAGGCUUGGCUAGUUACUGGCUAAUGUGUAUUGUGCCAGCUAUACCCAUGCAGUUUUUAUUAUAUUUUUAAUUAUAUGUUGAUUUUUGAUUGAGCGAGAACACCGCAGUUAGGUCCAUCUAUAUAUGUAAAUACAGUAAAAAAAUAAAUGCAAAAUAAAUAGGUAUCAACAGAAACAUCAACCCCGUUACAAAAGAAUAUAUGUAGCUCAGGGUUGAACUGUGAUUCUUAAAUUUGGUUAGCUGCUUGCAGGUGUUUCAUAAUCUGAUUAGGUAACAUGUCUGCAAGCAAAGAAACUGCCCCUAGAUUUUACAAUUGAUUAUAAAUUAUAUUGUGUUUUUUAAGGUAGUUUUCCAAAACGGGUUUCAAGAAUUAGAAAAUUAGAAAUAAAACAUCCAGUAAAUAGUAAAUUCAAAGAUUUUUCCUAUUAAGUCUUGAGAAUGAAGGAGAGUGGCUGACCUUGGUGUUCAGCAUACUAUGCUAAUCCAAAAUAAUUCAGCACAAGAAAUAUGUCUUGCUUUCUGGAAACUAUGGAAGGCUACAGAUGCUUGUCUUAGCAGCAGAAUAGAAAUAGUUUACCAUUGUUUUCUUUCAUGAAGUGGGAUUUUUUAAUUUACAAUAUCCAAAGCUUGCUUAUCUUCUAAUGUGGAAAACCUAAGGCUAGCAAACCCUGGCUGUAAAAUUCCAGGCCUCCCCAUGACCAGAGUUUUCUAGAUGUUUACAUAUUAUGGGUGGUUCAAUUUAACAUUGUAUUUCUCAGGCUUGAAGAUGGCAACUUUAAGAUCUGUGGACUCUCAGAAUUCCAUGGGAUGUGAUUCAGGGAAUUCUGAUACCUCUGCAAGAUCAGCCAAAAACUUAUAUCUACUCAGAAGUCAAUAAAAUAAACAGGGAAUGAGUCUCAUUGAAAUUGGGGAUUUACAAGUAUGAAUUAAAUAAUACUGAUACUCAAGUACUUUACUUAAGUUUAUUGUAUAUUGAUCUUUUGGCUAAGAUCUUCUUGUGCCUGUGACUGGUCUUAGUUUACACUCCCCUCCCACCACCUCAGAGAAAAUGAAGUCUUAAUGGAAAGGUACUUUAUGACACUAGGUACUGUAUUAACAAUAAAUGACUCAAAAUUGCCUUGUUAAGGAAUAAAUUUCCCCUGUUCAUGAAAGGAGAGAUGGUUUAAUAUUCUUAAUAUUAAUUUACAGUUUCCCAAUAGCCAGAUUUGGAAAGCACACUUAUCCAUAGGUUCCCAAUGAAUUCAGUUUUCUGGAUUUGCAUAACUUACUAAGCAAGAAAACAUAUGCACCAAGACAAAUUCCUUGUGUGUCCAAUCACACUUGGCCAAUAAAAAUUCUAUUCUAUUCUAUUCUAUUCUAUUCUAUUCUAUUCUAUUCUAUUCUAUAUAGAUUAGUUUGUAUUCAUGUUAAACUAAAAUGAGUUUGUUAAUUUGUAGUUUAAAGUAUUGUGUAAAUUCAGCUUUAAUCUAGAAAUUAAUUUUCAAAAGAUAAAAUAAUUGUGGUAAACAUCCUGCUGACCAUAAGAAGUUUUCUGUUGUAAGAUGGGAUUGUAGUUUUAUUGCCAGGGAAAAAUCAGCACAAUUAAAAUCAGUAUUAAUAAUGAAGUAGAUGCAGCUGCUUAAAGCCACACUAAUUAUAAAUAGUGGUGUUUAAAAAGAGGCAGUAUCUGCCUCAAGCAAGAAGGAAGUAUUUGGCUGUAUAAAGACGCAAGAGAGUAACAUAAGCAGACCAGAAUGUCUGGGCGUGGUAAGAAACAUCCAAAGCCUGCAUUGCCUGCCAAAAUGACCAAGUCGAAAAGAUCCGGCUUGCAGUUUUCUGUGUCCCGAAUUCAGCGGUACCUAAGACAGGGCCGUUAUGCUGAAAGAAUAAGUCCAGGAGCCUCAGUGUACCUGACUGCAGUCUUAGAAUAUCUGACUGCAGAGGUCAUGGAAUUAGCUGGGAAUGCUGCUCAUCAGAACAAGAAGCAGCGGAUUGGUCCACGCCAUAUCCAGCUGGCAAUAAGGAGUGAUGAAGAGUUGAACAAAUUGUUUACAAAUGUGACCAUUCCUGAAGGAGGAGUUCCCCCCAACAUCCAUGCCGCCCUUGUUCCUAAGAAAACAGCGCAGCUUAAAGAAGCCAACGGGGAUGGUCAGUCCCAGGAAUUCUGAAACAUUCUACAUUUUAUCUUGCAACAAAAGAGACUAUUAAAAGGAAGAGACUGGAAAUUGGUUCCAUUUGUAGCAGUUUCCACUGAUGAUCCCCCAAUUAUAUAUAGGCCACACAGUCCUCAAAAAAGGAACAAUGUUCACCUAGCUCUAAUAUAAAUGGCUUUUAGUCCUGAAUGGGGCAGAAAACUAGUGCCACAUACCUCUCUAUUUCCAUAAAAAUAUUAGUGAUCAUCAUUUAGUGUUGUGGGACUCUUGCUGCAGAAAGCAUAGAUGAUGUCUUAUGUUAACCUGGCUAUCCUCAGGUUGGCACUCUUCAGAUAUGUAAUUCUUCAAGCUCACAACUUAAAUGUUUUUUUUUCCUGUUUUCUUUCAACAGUAAGUAAAAUGAUUGGUAUUGGCAAAACCAUUUUGAUAUUCAAGGUUUUGCCUCCAGAUCGGCACUUUAAAUUUAUUUACUUGCAUUAAGGAUUAUGAUUGUGAAAUAGAACUGAGUUACAAUCUUUCUUGCAUUUAUAGUCUUGGUUUUUAUGAUGUAGGGAACUAGGUAGCUUUUAUUUCAUGUACCUUUAAAUGAGUCCCUCAUCUCAGAUGUGUUUGUCAUUGAAUUGAUAAAAGUUCU